CUUCCGGAGUAAUUUUGCAAGUACUUUGGUUCAAGCUGUCAUUUUGGCUAAGUGCUAGCAAUUACUUUUCUUUUAUUAGAAAAGUCGGGGGAAUAUUUUGAGUUAUAACAAAUAUUUUUGUUUUGCUUAGGUAAAAAUCUUCAAUUCAAAAUUAGUUCAUUCAAUUUGAGAACUAAUUUUGUUGCGUUCUGAUACCGCUCGCCUCGUUUGGUCUUGGAUUAUAGCCACAUUUUUCUAACAGUAGUUAGUGUAAAUUUUUGCCUCAAGAGUACUUAUACAUUAUUUUUUACUCAUGUCUGAAAGAGCCACCGACGUGGAGUGGGUUGAAACCACGGAGGAAGUAAUUGAAGCAGAUGAAUGUGUUCAGCUGAAACACAACAGUCCUGCAGUGGUUUUGGAGGCGACACAAACAUCUAUCCAGGAGUUAUUAAAUUCUGUGGGACAAGAGGAAAGUUCCAGGGGUCAUGAUGGCUUUUGUUGUGAGGAGUGUCUAACUCUUUUCCAGAACCAGAGUGACCCUAACAAUAUAAAUGGCCCUUCUUUCAUUCUCGACUUCUCAACAAGCAUGGGCACCCAGCAGAGGGCUCUACUCACUUUACCCUAUGGCCUGAUGAUUGGCAGAUCUAGUAUACCCAGUGCAGGAAUUGGUGUCAUUAAUCAUGGACCAGAAGUGUCUCCUGGGAUGCAUUUUGGACCAUAUGAAGGGGAAGUAACUACAAAGGAAAAUGCUAUUACAAGUGCAUUUUCCUGGGAGAUUCACAAAGAUGAAGACCACUAUGAGUACAUUGAUGCCACCAAUGACCUCUACUCAAACUGGAUGAGGUACAUCACCUUUGCUCGUUCUAAAGAAGAGACAAACCUGCUGGCAGUCCAGUAUAACGGGAGCAUCCUUUAUCACUGCUGUCGGACCAUCCACACGGGAGAUGAGCUUACAGUGUGGCCCAGCAACCAGCUGCUCUCUCAUUUCAGCAAAGCUUGGACUCAAAUGUGGCUUUCCAAGUUGAAUGCAGCAGUUGCAGAGAACAAUGCAUCAACAACUUCUUCCAUCUUUCCGUGCUCCGGCUGUCAUCUCUCUUUCACCACCGAGUCUUUCCUCCAGCGACACACCGAGAACUUUCACAAUCAGCCUAAAGUCAUAGAAGCAGCUGAGGAACAUCUCGCUUCUGGUGUCGACUCGGCUCACUUCACUGAAUCUGUGACCAUUAUAACUGUGGAUUCUGUCAAAUCCAACACCUGCGAGGAUUGUGGGAAGGUUUUUAAGCAAAUACCUCAUCUAAAGAGGCACAAGCUGUGCGUCCACUCCAACAAGCGGCCGUACUGCUGCCCGCACUGCAGGAGGAGCUUCAGUCAGGCGUCCGGCUUGAUAAGACAUCAGCUUGUUCACAGAAAGCAGAUACCGGUGAAAGCUCAGAAUGGGGGCGAAGUCAUGUGCGAGAGCUCCACGCCGAACGCGGAUGAUUCUGAGAAAACCAAGGAUGUCGUUGCAGCUGAAGGUCUGGAAAAAGAUGCACAGGUUCUGGACCCAGCGGCAUCCGAAGCGGCAGAUCCGGAUCAUUUUGCAUGUUCCGACUGCAGCAGCAGCUUCACGAAUGAAGCCGACUUCAAGAAACACAGAGUGAGCGCCCACGAGAAGCUUCGUCCGUACGUCUGCAGCGUGUGCCAGAAAUGCUUCGUCCAGUACCACGACCUGAACCGGCACCUGCGGUGCCACCGCAAGAAAAUGGAAAAGAAGGACAAAGCAAAGGCGCAUCCAGAAUGCCCGCCCCCGAUGCCCUUCAGCUGCGCCAAGUGUUUGACCAGCUUCGACUCAGUGGAUGCCUUGCAGCAGCACAUAAAUAAACUUCACUCAGGUGAAGAGGACGUCUCCCUUCACGCCGAACCAGUCCAGAAGGAUUCGUGUCCUAGGCCUCAGCGUCUCGCAGCAAGGUCGAAGGUUUCUGCCGUAACCAAGCUUGUAGCCCCAAAACGCAAAGCAGCCAGCCCCACUAAGACAGAAAAAAGCUCAGAGGCCGACGGCGCCAGCAAAGCAAAGAUACAGCGAUGGUUCAGCUGCAAUCACUGCAAACAAACGUACACCAAACCGGACGAUCUCAAAGCUCACAAGUGCUCCCUGAAACCCCUCAAGUGCGGUCAGUGUGGAGCCACUUUUUUGAAGUCCGGCUUCCUGAGAAGACACGAGUUGGUUGUACACUUAAAAGCAAAGUCCUACAGCUGCGAGCGCUGUAGUAGAGACUUCUCUACGGCUGGGAAGCUCAAACAGCAUCAGAAAAAUAAUUCUUGCUUGAAAUAUCACUGUGCAGCCGAGCAUUACCCUUGCCCCUACUGUCAGUUUUCCUUCACCCUGAAAAGCUACUUAAACAAGCACAUAAAGCGGCACCACCCAGUGGAGUUCCUGUCACUAUGCGAGCAAGGCGCUCCGAUAGUUCAGCUGGAGGAGAAAGAAGCGGAGCCCGUUUGUAAGCAUUGUGGAAUAGACUUUGGAACCACCAAAGAGUUGAAGUCGCACCAAUGCUUGAAGCAGGUAAAAGUUCUGUAUUUGUGCACCGACUGUGGAAAGAGCUUCACCAACCACUACAGCUUGAAGCAGCACCAGCGCAUCCACACAGGCGAGAAGCCCUUCUCCUGCACCCAAUGCAGCAAAAGCUUCUCGUACGUGGGCCAGCUCAACGUGCACCUCAGGACUCACACGGGCGAGAAGCCCUACCUGUGCACCCACUGCGGCGACAGCUUCCGGCAGUCGGGAGACCUGAAGAGGCACGAGAGGAAGCACACAGGUGUGAAGCCCUACAGCUGCACCGAGUGCAGCAAGAGCUUCAGCCGCCCGCAGAGCCUGAAAGCUCACCAGCUGCUCCACUUAGGGCAGAGAAUGUUCAAAUGCAGCCAGUGUGGGAAGAGCUUCUCCAGAAACUAUCAUCUCCGGAGGCACGUUCAGAAGAUGCACAUGUAACUUCAUCUCAUUUAGCAUUAAAAAUCUGCAGAAAUUCUCUACUUAUUGAUAAAGGCUUUAUUUCCUAACAAAAGACCAUAUUUUUUCAUGUUUAUUUUGCAAUAUUUGGCCUGGGGUGCAACUGAUAUGAUUUUUAAGAAGCAAAUAUUGGCUAAUAUAUUCUUUAUUUUCCCCACUAACAACAAGUUUCCCUCAAGCAGAGGGGACUGUAGGUGUGUGUAUCAAUAUUUACAACUGACAGCAACACUGAAGAAGCAGCAUUCAAAACAAACAAGAAUCUGAUGAUUUUCCUCCUAAAUGUUAGAUUUUUCCUAUUUACAUUGAGACAUUAUUGUUCUUUGAUUUUUUUCCUUCCUCUGACUAACGCUGGUCAGGAAGCCAUCAAACUUGGUCAUAGAGAUGGGAGUAACGCUGAAAGCGCAUUCUGUCAGAUGCAGCUGCUGCUGUAGAAAGUAAAGACCGCCCUAGAAAAAAAAGACUGAACGCAAACCCUGACAUGGAGACGUGUUUACCGAUGCUUUUUCAAAAUAAAUAAACCUCUUAACG